CUUUGGCUCACAGAGUCCAAUCACUGGAGGAAGGAAGCAGCAUCACACUCCAGAACUCCGACUUGACACACAGCUGGGCUCACACCUUGCUAAAUUCCGGCACCAGCCACAAUCCUUGGGGGAGCUGAAGGGAAUGAAACUGCUGGCUGCCUGCUUCAUGUACCUGCUGCUCACCUGUCUGACCCUGCCCAAAGUCGAAUGCCGACUCCAUGAGCGAUCCAUGGAAAUCAGGAACCCUGAUAUCGACCCUUCCUGGUACACGGGGCGUGGGAUCAGACCCGUGGGACGGUUUGGCCGGAGGAGAGCAGUCGUGGAGAGCUCCCGGAAGUCGGGCUAUGGACACAGGCAAGCUUGCUUCCCUCUAGAAGAAAGCAGUGAAUCCAUUCAAGAUGAAUGAAAUGGCUAAGACAAAGAAUGAAUUUGAGUGAUGAUAAGAAAAGACCCUUCUCCUCUCUUCCUUCCACAUCCCAGCCUCUCUUCUAGGCAAAUGAAAAUGUUUGGUCUCAUUUCAAUGUAUCUUUGUGGCUAUAAAGUAAAGAAACCAAAGAGCAGUUGAUAACUCCAGUAUUUUUGCAGACAAUUUCCCUCUUGUCUGUUUUUUCUUUUUCUCUCCCCUGUUCCCCAUUUGUCCCCCAUUUCUGGCUUUUGCUCUCAGUCUAAGAUGAUUUACACCAGAAAAUUGCUGGGGGAAAGAAAUACAAAUUCCCAUGUUAAUUCUCUUCCUAGAGCAUGGGCUCUUUUAUACAAACCAAAAUAAUAAAAAAAAAAAUCAAGAAACCGAGCCCUGCACGUCUGAUGUGACUUUAAAUGAAUCAGACUUGUCGCAGCUCUCUUGGGCAGUAGGGUCUUUAGAACCGAGUGGCAUCACUUUCCGCCGAGAUUGUGUCUCUUUUCCUGAAAAAGAAAAGGAGGACUUGUGGCACCUUAGAGACUAACCAAUUUAUUUGAGCAUAAGCUUUUGUGAGCUAUAGCUCACUUCAUCGGAUGCAUUCAGUCUUUUCCUGAACAAUUUCUCUUCCACACAAUAAAGUUUUUUGAUGUGA